GUUAAGUGGAUGUGCUUUGGGAGGGAGACAUUUUUCCCCAGAAUGAUGGAUGGACUCAUGUCACACACAGCAUUGCCUCCCCUUUUUGCUGAUGAUGAUGUAUCGAAGGAGAGCGCCGAUUUGACAGUCGAAGCAGGCUUUUCGGGCCCAGAAGGCUCAUACAGUUCUGGGGUCUCCCAAUCCCUGAACAAUCCUGAGUUUGUGGAGGAUCUGUCCCAGGUGCAGCUACUGCAGAAUGAAUUGCCUCAGGCAGCAGAUAGUAAUGAGCAAAGAAGUGAGGAGGAGAGUCUCCACAGCAGGAAGGAGCAGUGCUGCACAUUUGUGACAAUGUGCAAUAAAAUUGGUAAGAAAGGGGGCUGGCCCAAAGGACGGAAAAGAAAAAAAAUUGCCAAGGACAGUAAUGCACCAAAAGCUCCACUCACAGGUUACGUGAGGUUUCUGAACGAACGGCGGGAACAGCUUCGAGCACAGCGCCCUGAUGUCUCGUUCUCUGAGAUCACCAGAAUGUUAGGAAACGAGUGGAGCAAACUCCCGGCAAACAAUAAGCAGCAUUAUUUAGAUGAGGCAGAGCGAGACAAAGAACGUUACAUGAAAGAGUUGGAACAAUACCAACAAACUGAGGCCUACAAACUCUUUAACCAGAAAGCAGAGGACAAACAGCAUGUGAAAGACCUCAUCCACACCCAAGAUGAAGGGUAUGAGUCUGCUAACAUUCCUGGAACUGAGAAACAAGCUGAACUGAAGGAUAAUGCUGUUCUGGACAUACCCAUUUUCUCAGAGGAGUUCUUGGACCACAGCAAAGCCCGAGAACAAGAACUGCGCCAGCUGCGAAAAUCUAACAUCGAAUAUGAAGAGAGAAAUGCAGCUUUGCAGAAACAUGUGGAGAGCAUGAAGAUGGCGGUGGAGAAGCUAGAGACUGAUGUGAUACAGGAGCGGAACCUCAAAGGGGUCCUUCAACAGCACCUUGAAGCCCUGCGGCAGGCACUGACAUCCACGUUUGCCACUGUACCGUUGCCAGGGAGUGGUGAGACUCCUACGCUGGACACCAUUGAUUCCUACAUGAGGAAACUGCACAGUGUUAUUCUGUCUAGCCCCCACGACAAUGAGAAUCUCAUUGCUACAGUGCGCGAUUUGGUGAGCCGACUUGACAGUUGUGCUCAUCAACAGAAAGAAUAUUGAGGCUGAGGAAUUGGAAUUUUUUUAUUUUUGCUUCCUGUGUCAGUGUCACUCAUUUCCAGGUAGGAAUAUGGGUUGGAUGGAGGGUACAUUUUAUGUUUUGUUGUAAUAUGGACAAUUUAAUCCCCCAAAGUGUUUGACUUGUGUUACAUUUGUUU